UUUUUUUUUCUCUUUACAAUUUUUGUCAUUUUUUUAUUUAAAUUUAAUUGUUAAUUUUCACUGUUAAUUUAUCUUAAUCAAUUGUCUCAUUUUCAUUGUUUCGCAAUUAGUUACUUGUUAUCCUUUUAAUUUGGCCUUUAAUUAUGCCACCGAAACCUUGUUUCUCAGAAGGUGAAAAGAUACUUUGUUUCCAUGGGCCUUUACUAUAUGAAGCUAAGUGUCUCAAGGUCGCAUAUAUAAAAUCUGGUGGUGUUCGAUAUCUAGUUCAUUAUCAAGGAUGGAAUAAAAGUUGGGACGAGUGGGUAUACGAAAGUCGUAUUCUCAAGUACAAUGAUGCUAAUGUCCACAAACAAAAGGAUCUCUCUGAAAGCCACAAAUAUGUUUAUUCAGCUUCAAAUGCCGCGAAGAAUAAGAGUAAACUUAAGAACAAGAAAGGAUCCGGAGAACCAAAUCAACCAAUGGUUAUUGAAAAAGGAAUCAAACAAAAAUUGAACAACGAUGGAAAAAUAUCAAACAAAGAGCAGAGUAAAAGUAAACGACCCAAAAUCGAGCCUCAUGUUGAACCUGAGGAAUGUUACACCAACAAAUUGGAGAUUCGAAUAAAAAUACCGGACGAGCUUAAACCACUUCUCAUGGAGGAUUGGGAUCUAAUUGUUAGACAGAAAAAGUUAUGUAAACUUCCCUCCAGUGUUCCAGUAGAUGCAAUUCUCUCUGAUUAUAUCUCAAUUAAGAAAUCAAGUAAACUGAACGCAGCCAAAGAAGCCACUUUGAUUGAAGUUACUAAUGGAUUCAAGGAAUACUUCAAUGUAAUGUUGGGCUCUCAAUUAUUGUACAAAUUUGAACGAUCACAGUAUCAACAAUUUAUCCAUGAAAAUAAGGAUAAAGAGCCAUCAUCUUUUUACGGAUUCAUUCAUUUGUUGCGUUUAUUUGCUCGUCUUGGUGGUAUUCUAGCAUAUACAGCUUUAGAUGAAAAAGAAAUUCAACUUUUACUCUCUCAUAUUCAUGAUUUUUUAAAAUUCAUGGCCAAAAGUAUGGUCUAUUACAGCACAAAUGAUUACGAUUUUGUCUCAACUGAAUACCAAAAAAAGGCUGUCCAAUGACCAUAAUUUUAUUGACUUUCAUCAAUAGUAAUAUUAAUAAUUAAUAAUUUCAGCUAUUAUGUGAUCUUAUUCCUCAUUCUAACCAAUAAUUAACAAGUAUCAUGAUCAAUCAGUUUUCACUACAACUAUUGAUAUCACAUCUCAUCUCACACAUCCUGUAAUUGAUCAUAUUCGUUAUCUUAAUUUAUUAUUUAAUAUUUUGUUUAUCUAAAUGAGAUUAUGUAAAUAAUACUUAUAAUUUUGUACUCAAGCUAAUUAACAAAUCAAACAAUCAAAUCAAAUUUUCUUUCAACAA